AGGGAAUUGGGGUCUGGGAAGGACAAGGGGUGGGUUUCGGGGUGCUUGGGUGGGUUAUAGGGUGGCUGACGGAAUUAGGGUCUUGGGGUAGUGGUGGUGGCUGCUGGUGGUGGGGUUGUGUGGUAGUUUCGGGCUGUGGGGGUAGGGUGGGGUGGGCAGUGGUGGUCGAAAAUGGAAGGGGCGGUUCUGGUGGUGGGGACGGGGUGAGGGUGCGCCGGAGUAUUGUAAUGGUGGUGGAGAUGGGGUGGUUUAAGUGGGUGGCUAGCAUUGAAAUGGGUAAGGAGGAUUUCGUGGGUGAGAGCUUGUUUUGGGGUGGAGGGGGGUUGGCUGUUUUGGUGGAAGGUAGUGGCUUUUUUGGUGCUAGUGGUGGCCAAAGGUGUAGUGGUGGUUGUUUUUGGUGUAAGGUGGUCAAGGGUGGUGAACAGAGGUGGAGCUUUGGGUGGUGGUAAUGGAGGAAGAUGAUGGCAAAUGGUAAGAGGAAGGAGAGGGAAAGGGAUGACCGGUUGUUUAGGUAACUGGUCAUUUGGGUUCAUUUUGGGAAGAAGAAGGGGGGCAAAGGUUGGAUUAAUGCGGAAUAAUCGAAAGGUUGGAUUAAUAUGGGAGAACGGAGCGGUUGGAUUAUUCUCGUUAAAUUUUCCUUUUAGAUUUAUUAGUGAUAUAUAUGAUAUGAUAUUAGAUUUUAAAUACGAAGUAUAAAACACAAAAAGAAGUUUUUACAAAGUAUUCACUCUGUUUUUUUCUCUGUUUUAGAACUUCUUUUCCAUCGGUAUUGCAAUCGCAGUCCAACGUCAUGGCUCUGGUCUUGCAUACAUUUCUCCCAAAUAAGAAUUCUUUCAAGGCUCUUAUUGCUGCAGAAUACAGUGGUGUAAAAGUCGAUGUCAACAAAGAUUUUGAGAUGAGUGUUACCAACAAAUCGUCAGAGUUUCUUAAAUGGAACCCCAUCGGCAAGGUGCCAGUUCUGGAAACUCCUGAUGGACCUGUAUUUGAGAGUAAUGCCAUAGCUAGAUAUGUUACAAAGUUGAAGGCUGAUAAUCCUCUUUUUGGCUCUUCGCUUAUUGAAAAUGCCCACAUUGAGCAGUGGAUUGACUUUGCAUCUUUUGAGAUCGAUGCCCACAUUUCUCGUUGGCUGUAUCCUAGACUUGGUUUCUCUGUAUAUCUCCCUCCGGCUGAGGAAUUUGCCAUUGCUGCACUGAAGAGGGCCCUGGAAGCAUUGAGCAAACAUCUUGCUUCCAAUACUUUUCUGGUUGGAGACAGUGUUACAUUGGCUGAUAUUAUCAUGACCUGCAACUUGUUUAAUGGGUUCAGCCGAAUCAUGACCAAGAGCUUUACUUCAGAAUUCCCUCACGUCGAAAGAUAUGUCUGGACCAUGGUUAAUCAGCCAAACUUCAAGAAAGUGUUGGGUGAAGUAAAACAAGCAGAGUCUGUUCCACCUGUAGCAAAGAAGCCAGCUCAUGCGCAGCCUGCUAAGCCCAAAACUAAGGAGGAGCCAAAGAAAGAGGCACCCAAGAAGGUAGAGGCACCAGCAGAGGAGGAAGAGGCACCCAAGCCAAAGGCAAAGAAUCCACUUGAUCUUCUAUCCCCUAGUAAGAUGGUAUUGGAUGAGUGGAAGAGGCUGUACUCCAACACUAAAUCCAAUUUCCGUGAAGUUGCAAUUAAAGGAUUCUGGGAUAUGUAUGACCCAGAAGGCUACUCUCUGUGGUUCUGUGACUACAAGUAUAAUGAUGAGAACACUGUCUGUUUUGUGACCAUGAACAAGGUUAGUGGGUUCUUGCAAAGAAUGGAUCUUGCUCGCAAGUAUGCAUUUGGAAAGAUGCUGUUGAUUGGAUCAGAGCCCCCAUACAAGAUCAGGGGUUUGUGGCUCUUCCGUGGACCAGAGAUCCCUCAAUUUGUGCUUGAUGAGUGCUACGACAUGGAACUCUACGAGUGGACAAAGGUGGACAUCAGUGAUGAGGCUCAGAAGGAACGUGUUAGUCAAAUGAUUGAAGAUUACGAGCCUUUUGAGGGAGAAGCUCUUCUUGACGCCAAAUGCUUCAAGUGAUUCAAUAGCGUUCUUAAUGCUAGGUAGUCAUGUAGUUUGUUGGUCUACUGGUUCAUUCUCGCUCCAUAGUUGCUGACCUUGCUGCUACAAUCCGCAUAGGAUUUUGCUUUAGAAUUUUUCUUUUUUUUUUUAUUUUUUAUUAUUAUUAUUAAUUGACUCUUUAUUUAAAUAUUCUGUUUAAGUUUCUGCUUUAAAUGAUUUUGCUGAAUCUUGUGAUCUAAUGACAGCAAUAUAGUGAGUUCAAUUACCUUACCACAAAUACAUAUUGAAGUGUCUAAUUUAUUACA